AUGACGUUCUUUGACCGGCCUUCCACAGCCAGCGACGACACUGUUACUACAACAAUGCUUUCGCGUUCAAAGAAUGAUACACCCGAACAACAACAACACUACCAACAUGAUUUAACACUUGAGACAAGUCAACUUAUGAUCCGUUCUCCCCCUGAAGACAAUCCUGAACACCAACAACCUUACAAAAAAUUCAGACAAGACCCAUGGUCUUGGGAUCGUCUUUGUACCGAUACCAAUAGUCCACUCGCCACAUUACCAUUGGAUUCUGUUUUCGAUUAUUCUACAUUUCAAUUGUUACCACCCAAUGAUCAAGCUGAGCUGGCACGGAUGUUACCUUCCGUCGACAAUAACGCCAACAACAACAACACCAACAUCCCGCCCUCCUUCUUUUCUAGACAAGAAAAUCCGAUUUUCUGGAACGCGUUGGAUGACUGGCAAACGAUGCUCGGCAAUGGAGAACUCAGUGACAGCAGUAGCAGCAGCAAUAGCAACAACACGAUACCUACUUCCAUGCCCUCAACAGAAAGUGCUGAUCCUGCAAACAAUAGCUUCAAGGACGAGGCCUUUGAGGCAUAUUGGGGGGAACUCAAUGACCGGGAAAAGCUGCAUAACGUUGCAGGUGAUUCCAAGAACAUCACACUCAAAGACAUGUGCCGAAGAGGUUUAAUCCGCGAGCAAGAUGUGAUUGUGUAUAAGCGGAACUUCAGCGCAUGUAAAGUGGUCGUUUCCAAAUCAAUGAGAGUGGUCAAGGCUAAUGGAUCCACGGGCAUAUCCAUUGAGUUGGACAAUGAGAUUUUUGAAGAUUUUGAGACACCUACAGCAUUGGAAACCAAGAUACUGGAUCGCCAUGGCAAAAUCACAAAGGACAAACGACCUAAUGGUAAUGCAUUCAAGAGCAUCCGAUUGAUACGCGAUGGCAAAGAUCUAGGACGUUUAUUUGACAUUCGCAAAGAUGGUUUUGGGGAGGCAAACUGA